AAGAAGGAAGAAAAGAAAUAGUUGUUGGGAAUUGCACAUUACAAAAUUUGCAGAGGCAGAGAGAGCCACCUCUUCCUCCUCAGUGUCACUUGCUCUGCAACCACAGAAUAUCUUUGAACCUAAACGACUUCGUUUUCGUUUUUGAUUUCUCUCUUUAUCUAUUUGCUGCUUCUGAUUUCACUGGGGGAGGAGCAGGAGAAGCUACAAUGGACUCGCGCGCACAGUAUAAUCCUCGCACCGUCGAAGAGGUUUUUAGGGAUUUCAAGGGUCGACGAGCUGGUCUCAUCAAAGCCCUAACCACCGAUGUUGAAGAUUUCUAUAACCAAUGUGAUCCUGAGAAGGAGAAUUUGUGCUUAUACGGCUUUCCUAGUGAGCAGUGGGAAGUAAAUUUACCUGCUGAAGAAGUUCCACCAGAGCUUCCUGAGCCUGUGCUGGGCAUUAACUUUGCUAGGGAUGGCAUGCAAGAAAAAGACUGGUUAUCUUUAGUUGCUGUCCAUAGUGAUGCAUGGUUACUUGCUAUUGCCUUCUAUUUUGGAGCCAGAUUUGGGUUUGAUAAAGCUGACAGGAAACGCCUUUUCAAUAUGAUCAAUGAACUGCCAACAAUAUUUGAACUUGUUACUGGUGCAGCAAAGAAGCAAGUUAAGGAGAAGUCUUCAGUUUCAAACCACAGUGGCAGCAAAUCUAAGUCCAGCUCUAAAGCACAGCGGGCUCCAGAAUCUCAGGGUAGGCAGUCAAAGGCAUUGCAACCAAAAGAUGACGAUGAAGAGCUGGAUGAGCAAGAUGAGGAUGAACAUGGAGAGACCUUGUGUGGGGCAUGUGGUGAGCAUUAUGGCACUGAUGAAUUCUGGAUUUGCUGUGACAUUUGUGAGAAGUGGUUCCAUGGGAAAUGUGUGAAGAUCACCCCUGCCAGGGCAGAGCAUAUCAAGCAAUACAAGUGUCCAUCAUGCAGUAACAAGAGAGCUCGCCCCUGACAUAAGCAAGGUUCCAUCAUUGACAAUCUUUGUUGGAGCCUUUGCUGAUCUUGUAAUUCUGCUUUUCUUCCUAGAUGUUGCAGUUAAUGGAUAGUUUCUAUUUGACAAAUGUAGGUUUCUUUUCUAGUCUGUAGGAUUCUGCUGUUUUGGUUUUGUUUUUGUCAGCUGCAAUUCAGUUGAUGUGUUGUUGGGUUUGAUUAUC